GGGAAGAGAAAAUCUCCUUUGGAGUACAGGAGCAUUUCAAAUCAUCAAAAGGCUCUGUCACUCCCACCUUCCACAUUAAACUGAUUGGUCCAUUUACCUUCAGGUAAAGAACCUCUGAGUUAUUCUGAAAAGCAGAUUCCAGGGAUUACCAAUGCUGCAAGUGUUACAGGGAGACCCCAUUUCCUUUGGGGACAGGAGCCUUUAAGCACCUUCAGGAAUUCAUUGCAAUGAGCAAGUUCAGGCAGAGGCCACAGUCAGGUCCAUGUGAAAGUCGACAGUGUCUGGUUCUCUAAGGCUCACAUCACGUCCAUUUUCCUUUCUAACAGAAGAAUAAAGAAAAGAGAAAGUGAUGACCAGAGCACACAAUGACACCAAUAUAGCAGUAGGUGAUAGGGAAAUGAAGAGAAGCAGCUCAGAGCUCAUUAAUAUCUAAUUGAUGAUUCUUUAGGAAGCAGCGGUCGUGCCUGUGAAUUGGCUCAGGCUGAGCUUUGUAAGUGGCAAAGGGUUAGAGAUGAUGAGAGAGGAUAUGGAAUUCCCAGGAAAGGAGAGACUGCAGUGCUGUGUCUCUGGGAUCAGCCAGGAUGGUUGCAAAUUUCUAAGCACAAAUACUGGGAAGAAUCCUCAUCUCCCAGUGUGUGUCUGUCCAUCUUUACUUGGCUCUGAAGCUAAGAAUGCACAAUCUUCGAAGUAGCCCUUAGAAUCAUAAGCUUUCACCUGAAAAAUCUGUCAUAACCUCAGGACCCUCCACUACUUAGAAACUUCCUUCUAAACCAUAGAGCAGUGCAACAGCUGCAUGAAAAUUAUCACUAUCUGCAGUACUGUUCAGGUUAUUCCAGAUAGAUAUCAGAAAAAAACCCGUUUCAGAAAAACCAAACCAAAAUGACCACUAUAGGACCACACUAGAGUUGAUAUGGAAGAGAAGGUGGCAGUAAGGGACCUGGGAGAGAGGCAUUUGUCCCAGGCAGAUGAAGAAGGGCAGGGCAGAAGGGGCACAGACACACGAGUCCCCUGUUCCCAGAGGAAAUUGCAAUGAGCCCAGACAGCUGAGAAAGCUCAGUGGGGAAGAAGCCGCUGAGCUCGCCAAUGGGCAGCACGGGGUGUGCAGCAGAGCUGGCGAUUGCAGCUGCGGAGGUGAGGAGUGCAGUGCGAGCUGAGCGGGAAGAGCCCCUUGCCAUGGCUGAGGCCGCAGAGGCACGGAAUGCUCCGAAUGCCAGUGGCUGAGGGAGCCACGGCGGCUGCUGCUGGACGAGCGAGAAACGCAGCAGGAGCAUUUCAGGCACGGCAAGGACAGGCCAUUGCUCUGCCUGCUGCCGCUGCUGCUCCCGCUGCUCCCGCACACAGUCGUUUCCGGCACCUCUGUUCUCUCGCCGCUGCGACGUGCUUUCUGCCUCUUCCUCACUCAGCAAACACGCAGCUUGCUCUCGCCAUGCACCUCGCACAUCUCAUCCUCACCGUCUUCCUGGCACAGCACCUGGGCACCACGGGGCAGAUCACGGUCAUCCAGGAAGAUGUACAUGUCACAGUGAAGCAGGGACAGCCCUUCCACACCACCUGCAAAUACCAGAGCAGUAACUUUUAUGGCUUGCACUGGUACCAACUGCAGAAAAAUCAAUCCCCCCAGCUGGUCUCAUAUCAGUCAGGGACUGGACCCAAACAAAGUGGCCGGAUCACCACGCACCUGAACACCACGGGCAAAUACAGUGUCCUGAAGGUGGAGGAAGUGCAGGUGUCUGACAGUGCCUUGUACCUGUGUGCUGUGCAAGACACCCUGGUGCAGGGAGCUUGCUCGGCUGUGCAACAACCCAGGGGAGGGAGUGGAUGUGUCAGCGAAAGGCUGAUAUUUUUACUGGGACGCAGAUCUCACCCCAGUGCUCACCAGAACUUGUGUCCUAUGUGUGUACAAUGGUCUGAUAUUUUUCACUACGUCCGUCCUUCCAUUUCCGUUGAGAAAAUAUUGUGGAAAAUUCUGACUCAUUUCCACAGUGUACAGUGUCUACCUAAAAAAAAAAUAUCCCCUGGGCAUACCUGGGACAUUGUCCUUCCACACUGCAGCUCUGCUGCUUUUGGGCCCCCAGGUUCACAGCAAAGCCCAGCGCUUCUACCGUGUUCCUGCCCUGGCUGCUCUUGCAGCAGCCCCGCUGGCAUGGACACACGUGAAGCACAGAUUUAUGGAUGGCUCCAAACUGGUGUGCACGAGCCUGUGUCUGUCCGUGUGAGUCCCUCUUCGGGAGAGAAUUCCCUGACUAUGCCAGGGACACCGAGCGCUGCUCUGGCCCUGUAGAGCACAGAGCAGCAGCUUGCCAGGUUCAGAAGGAGCCCGAGUGCAGCUGAGUGCUGCCGGCAGCUGCUGGCUAGAGAUGUGUGCAGAGAAGAGGCGCUGCAAUGCAGCCCCUGUGUCCCGAGCCCUCCCUUUCCUGCCCCUCCAAGCUCACGCUCGACUUGUGUGGAUGGAUGUGCUUGCGAUGUCGUGUGGUGGUGUGUGGGACAGGACACCACUGGCUAUGCCAAACUUUCCUCUGUCGCUCGUUGUGGCGGUGCUGGGAGAGGCGGGGGCUGAGGGCAGCCGGGGCGGAGCUGUUGGCGUGGCAGAGGAGGCGGCAGGGCCGCAGCAGAGAGCCGGGGCUGAGGGGCACAGCGAUGCUCGGCCGGCGGAGCG